CAUAUGUGUCGUUUAUUGUAUGCACGCGUACAUACGUACGCAUAUUGAAGUUAAGGCGAAAAUUACUUAACCAAAAAUUUUCUGACCAAUCGAUUGUCGAUGAUCGAGAAAACGCGUAAUUGCUCGUUAAAAUUUAUCACGGCGAUAAUAUACUCAAAAAUUAGAAGCAAGAAAUGAACAUCUCGAUGGAAGCAGGUGUAAAGAAUGAUUGCGAUGUGCUUACGAUAUAAAAUAUCAAUAAUGCUGCAUAUCGAUCAUUUUUAUAGAAUUGCAGCGUACUCCAAUCGGACGACGUAAAAACACGUGUAAUUUGGCGAGUGACAGUUAAACUUGUCAAUUAUUCGAACUUAAAGUCGAAAACAAAUUGAUCGGAGUUCGGUCGGAGUCGAAGGCAUAUCGAUCCCUUUUCUUUCUCUCCUGACGCUUAUAUACGCGCGGAUACAUGUCACCGAUGUGGUGUUCUGCAAACCGAGCGAAAAAGUAGAGGGGAAAGGCAUUAGAGGCAUAAGACGCAAGCGACCUCUGUUGCGGGAAUGGUUGUGGGCGCGCAUCAAACUAUGCGUUGCAUUGCUGUUGAAAAUGGCGUCGGGCUCGGAGGUGCCAGAAUAUUCGUCUCCAGCAAAGCGGCGAAAAGUUGACGGCAUCGGUUACAACGGUACCAGUUGCGUGAAACCUGAUUUACAAGACUGUCGCACGCCACACGAUACCCCUAAUGAAGAACUCGAAGAGACAUAUGGUGGAGAUAGUGGAUUCAACGAAUUAAGCGAUGAAUCCAAAUCAACAUCUAUUUCACCAGAUGCCACAAAUAUAAUGGCAACUCCAUCGAGAAUUGACUCGACUAGUGAUGACACUGGUUGUCCAAUUGAUACGGCAGACGAAAAGGAUGAAGUAUCAUCAACUGUUUCAAAUUUAUCUGAUUUAUCAGGACUUUCUGACUUUUCCGGAGAGGGAGAUAUUAAUCAUCAUUGGAGGAAUGCAUCCUCGUGGGUUCAGAAACAAAUGUUAAUAGGCGCCGAUCCUCGAGAUCUUUUACAUCACCUUCUUAUGGAUUCUACUCAGAUUCCUGAGCAGGUUGAUGACCUGACUCUAUGGAAGAUUAUAAUAAAUAUGAUGUCGGAACCACCACGACGACAAAAAUUGAGGCAUAUAAAUACCUUAACAGAUGUUGUUAGGUUGAUACGCAAUAGUAACAAAAUAAUAGUAUUAACGGGUGCAGGAGUAAGUGUCAGUUGUGGAAUUCCUGAUUUUAGAAGUAGAGAUGGUAUUUACUCAAGAUUGGCACAAGACUUUCCAGAUUUACCAGAUCCACAGGCUAUGUUUGAUAUUAACUAUUUUGGUCAAGAUCCGAGACCGUUUUAUAAAUUCGCACGAGAAAUUUAUCCUGGACAAUUUAAACCUAGCCCUUGUCACAGGUUUAUAAAAAUGCUUGACAAGCAGAAGAAACUUUUAAGAAAUUACUCGCAAAAUAUUGAUACAUUGGAACAAGUGGCAGGCAUUGUUAAUGUUAUUGAAUGCCAUGGAUCUUUUGCUACUGCAUCUUGUACGAGAUGUAAAUAUCAAGUGAAGGCUGAUGACAUUAGAGAAGACAUAUUUUCCCAGAGAAUUCCGUUGUGUCCAAAAUGUCGAGUUAAUACUUUGCCUCCCAUCUCGGAGAUUAAUCUUAAUGAAAAUUACAAAGAUUUAGUGACACAGGGUAUAAUGAAACCAGACAUUGUUUUCUUUGGCGAAGGACUUCCGGAUGCUUUUCACGAUGCAAUGGCCAAAGAUAAAGAUGAAUGUGAUCUUUUAAUUGUGAUCGGAUCGUCGUUGAAGGUCCGACCAGUAGCAUUAAUACCUUCCUCUAUUCCAUCUCACGUUCCACAAAUUCUCAUUAAUCGUGAAUCGUUGCCACAUCUGAAGUUUGAUGUAGAACUCUUGGGGGAUGGCGACAUUAUUAUAAACCAACUGUGUCACUUAAUGGAGAAUAACUACAAAGAAGUAUGCUGGACAGAAACAAUCCUUAAGGAAGCACCGCAACUUUUAUCAGUGCAUUGCUUACCAGACGACACUUGGGAGCAAAGUCAAGAUACAACGUCAAAUACUGUAUCACGAGACAGUAUGGAGACUGAUUUUAAAAUACACGAUUCAUGUUCCAUUGAAAGUCAAGACAGUCUUAUGGCUCAUGAUGUCGUAGAACAGUAUGUAGAAAAUAUGAACGCGCGUGUUUCUCCUUUCUGUAAUGAUCAUACGAAUAGCAUGGAAGAGAAGUUUAACCUUUUGGGGGAGAGUCCAAAGAGAAGAUUAGGCGAGUCAAGUGUAGAAAGUAGUCCAAAAAGAAUGAAUUUUGGCAACAAUUGCAUGUUAGACUUUAAUUUAUGCUCCUCGAAAACAGAGAAUACUUUGACAGAGAAUUCAAUUGAUUACAAAUUUCAUACGGCUUCUGUAGAAUCUACGUCGAAAGACAUUGGGAAAAUUUACAGUUUAGAAGAGUGUCAAGUAUUUCCAAGGAUAAUAGAGAUUUCUUCGGAAAGUACAUUAUUAGAUUCUGCCUUGAAGCCUCAUCAUCGUGAGAAUAGAUUGUCGUUAAAAAUAAAUAGUGAUUACUCUACGACAGAUCCUCUUGAAGCUGAAAAAGUGAAUUUUAAACCAAGACAAGUUUCUAUCGAUUCUGCAUUAGAUUCCGGUGUAGGCGACAGUUGUAAUAGCGUCGACAGUCAAGAAGGUAAAGCUGACAAAGAAAAAUUAAAAAAUGAAAGAUUAGAUCGACACUGUUGGCAUCCAAAAGUACGAAAGAGUCUCGCCGUGAGAUUACCAGAAAAUUCAUAUUAUCAGUUAGCACCAGGAAAGUAUAUAUUUCCUGGAGCAGAAGUGUAUUCGGAUCCCGAAGAAUAUGAUCAUUGUUCACUUUCUAUAAAUUCCGAAAGUUCGGAUAGCGAUAGUGAUUCUUCAUCUGUGGAAGAGGAAGAGGAAGAUGAAGGAGAAGAAGAAGAGGAGGAAGAAGAUGAGGAUGAGGGAGAAGAGGAACAAGAAGCAAAUGAUGAAAAUGAAGUGGAAAUAAACAAGUCAGACACAAAGAAAGAAAACCGCGAGAUGACAGGGGCCAAUGAAAAGAAAGGUGAAGAACGAAAAGAAGUAAUAAAAAAAUGUGGAAAAGAAGAAACAAAGAAUGAGGUGGUGAAAGAAGCAGAAGAAAAAAAUCAGCGACGAGCAAUGAAAAAGGAAGAUGAAAGAAGAAGCAUGAGUAAGUCUUAAAACAAAAAUAUUCUAGAAGAUUGAAGGAAUGUAAAUUCCUUGUUAAAUUAAUGAGAAAUAACAUAAACCAGGGAAGUGAUAAAUUAGGGAAGGAAAAAGUAUAUCAAUACAGAUGCUAGUUGUAAAAUACAGCAACAAACAACAGCUAUUCAUACAGUGAAUAUACAUGUCUUAGGGUGAAUUGCAUCUAAACAGUAACAAUUUUAAUUCAUACUAUCUAUAUUAAACUUCUAGUUUGAUGAAAUAAACAAUAAAUAGUUGGAGAAAAGUGCAAUUUUUACCACGUUACACGUGUACAAGUACAGUAAGUACAUAUGUAAAGAGAAAAGGGAACGGGAACUUAUAAAUAGUACCCAUAUUUAUCUUUUAAUAAGAUCUGUUGACAAUUUGCAGGCUAAUUACCUCGCUAGUUAAUUCGAAGAUAGAUACUGCUAAUUAUUCUGCAGAUCACACACGAUAAGAGAAAGUCAUUUGUGCACUGACGCAGAGUUUCUGAUAACAGAUUAUGCAGUAAAUCUAUAUAGUAAAUCUAUACAUCAUUGCGGUAGGAUUGCUUUCGUAUUAAUUAACGAGAGAAUUACCUGGUAGCGCAGUUUAAUAUUUUUUUUUUUUUUUUUUUUUAAGUAAACAGCGUUUUAUUACAAACUAG